CUUUUUUGUCGGCACAAAACAAUUAUGCAACUCAUCUCUUAUCUUCUUCUCAUCCCCUGCUCUCUCUUACUAUUAUUAUAACUUUUUCCAAGACCGAUGAUCUGUUUUGUUUUGUUUGUUUUAUCUGUUCUCUUUGGAGAAGGAGACACGGCCGCAUAUAAACCCACCGACGUCAUUCUCAUUAACUGCGGCACUACCUUCAACACCAUAGACAGCCGAGGCCGAACUUGGACGCCGGAGCAGCCGAAGGUUUUCUCGUUGAAUCCAGUCAACGCAUCAUUCCCUUCAAAGGCUUCCAAAAGUGAAGAAUGGUGGAUAUAUGUUCCCGCGGUGCCUUACAAGACGGUUCGUAUAUUCCGAUCCAAAUUUACUUACAGCUUUACAGUCUCUCCCGGCUGGAAAUUCCUCCGGUUGUAUUUUUUUCCUGGCCCCUACAGAUCGGAUUUAAACGCCGUCAAGUCCUUCGCCGUCACCGUCAACGGGUUCACUCUCCUCAAGAACUUCAGGGUAAAUGCUUCAGCCUCAGGCCGUCUAAUCAAGGAGUUUAUCGUCCCUGUUUUGGGUGGAAACAAGACGCUGAACCUCACGUUUAGGCCGUCACCAAACUCGUUAGCUUUCAUCAACGGUCUGGAGAUUGUCUCCAUGCCUGACCGGUUUUACACAAAGGGAGGCUUUGAUGGGUACAUAACAGACGUCGGUAGUAGUAAGGACUUUGAGAUAGAUGAUACCACAGUACUCGAGACGGUGUACCGAGUGGAUGUUGGCGGAGGUGGAAACAGCAUUGGUGGUUAUGUCAAAGACACUGGAAUGUUCCGACAAUGGCUUCCCGAUCACGGUUCCCCACUCGGGGAUUGGGUAAAUGCGAUUAUAAUUGAUUUUCCGAUCAACUAUACGGAGAAAACACCAGCCUAUGUUGCGCCAAGGGAAGUGUACACAACUCUUUACGUGAGGCCGGACGCCAAGGACCACAUGAAUUUGAACUGGACGUGGCUCUUCCCGGUCGACGCUGGAUUCAGCUACCUCGUUAGGCUUCAUUUCUGUGAGACUAUGCUGAAAAUAACAAAACCGGGCCAACGCAUGUUCUCUAUCAUCAUUGGAAAUCAGAUUGCUAGGGCUGAGACCGACGUGGUUUUAUUAAGCGGUGGCCCUCUGAUUCCGAUGUAUCUAGAUUUCAAGACAUUUUUGGCUUCAAACACAAGCAAAAAUGGAGAGGGAGUUAAUCUACGACUUGAUUUGUGUCCCAACCAGUAUUCUAACGAUGCUAUUCUGAAUGGUAUAGAGAUCUUUAAGCUUAAUGACUCUAGGGGUAAUCUCGCCGGACAGAAGCUUAAUCCAAUAAUGUUGGGAGUGGGAGGUGGCAGCAAGCAACAUCCACAUGUUUCGGUGAUAAUCAUCAUAGCGGUUUGUUCUGCCAUUGGACUGGCGACUUUCUUUACUGUCACCAUCUUAUUGAUCAAAAGGAAGAAUAGGAAGGACAAUAGUGUUGUCACGUUCAAGGUACUGCUAAAACAGUACACUUAUGCCGAACUGAAGAAAAUCACCAAAUCAUUUUCACACACUGGGAAAGGAGGAUUUGGAACUGUCUACCAAGGAAAGCUUUUCAACGGUGUUAAGGUUGCAGUAAAGGUGAUGAAAGAUCUGAAGGGAACUGGUGAAGAUUUCAUGAACGAAGUCGCUAGUAUGAGCCAGACAUCUCAUGUUAACAUUGUUUCUCUGCUUGGUUUCUGCUACGAAGGUUCCAAAAGAGCAAUUGUGUAUGAGUUUCUGAAGAAUGGGUCUCUCGAUCAAUUCAUAUCUAGAGAAAAUUCGUCGACUCAGGAUGUGACAACAUUAUAUAAAAUUGCGCUAGGCAUUGCUCGGGGAUUGGAAUAUUUGCACUAUGGUUGCAAAACAAGAAUUGUGCAUUUCGACAUUAAACCUCAGAACGUUCUGUUAGAUGGUAAUCUUUGUCCUAAAGUCUCAGACUUUGGACUUGCCAAGCUCUGUGAGAAAAGAGAAAGCAUUCUGUCAUUGAUAGACACAAGAGGAACUAUAGGUUAUAUUGCACCUGAGGUGUUCUCAAGAACCUACGGCGGAGUCUCUCAUAAAUCAGAUGUGUAUAGUUAUGGAAUGUUGGUCCUGGAGAUGGUUGGAGCUAAGAACAAGGAAAUAGUAGAAACCGCCGCCUCCAAUGCAAGUUUGGUUUACUUUCCGGAAUGGAUUUACAAGGAACUUGAAAAUGGUGAACAGACAUGGAGAUUUGGUGAUGAAAUAACCAUAGAAGAAAAAAAGAUUGUGAAGAAGAUGAUUUUGGUUGGUCUCUGGUGCAUUCAACCAUGCCCAUUAGAUCGUCCACCUAUGAACAAAGUGGUCGUCAUGCUGGAUGGAAGUUUGGAUGCUCUUGAAGUACCUCCUAAUCCUUCUAUGCAUAUAUCCCGAGGGUUCAUUGCGGAAUGUUCUUCCCUAUCUGAUGGCGGAGAAAUAACUCGAGCAGUUGAUUCCGCCAAUACUUAGCAUGUACACAUUGGAAAUGUAACAUGCAUUCGAUAAGAUAUUCAAGGAACAUCUUGAUAGGGGUUUAAACAUCAUUGUUGUUCUUAGAGUGGAAAUAUUUUCAUGGUGGUUUGAUUGAUAUUUUUGUUAACCACAUCACAGAAUAUUACGUCUUAACUUUACUCAACCUGAAAUAUUUGUUAUCUGAUAAUGCAUUUACAUAUUUUAUUUAUUAAAAUAAAUGUUUUGCCUGUAUAUGCGGGAAAAAUUA